AUGACACAUCCAGACCUUGCCAACACCCAGAAUCUCCCACCACAUAUCGCCUCUUUGCUAAACACGGUCAACAACAACACCUCCACCAUCCCCGGCGACAACGACCUCGACCUCUUCUUCCACUGCUGGAUCCGGCCGCAUUGCCCGGCGUGCCUGUCCGCAUCGAACCCGUACCCGUGCUCCUGGUGCGCCACGUCGCAGACCUGCGUCCCCAACACGGUCUACCCGUACCCGUUUGGGAUCCUCUCGCCCCUCAAGACCGCCGACCUCUGUCCCCUGGGGUGGCGCGAGCGGUGGGAACUGCGCGCCCGGCCAUUCAGCUGUCGGUGCUCGAGCAUGACGUUUGUCAGUGUCGUGGUCGCCGUGCUGGCGACGUUGUUGGGCUUGUGCUUGAUCUGGGCGGGCGUGAGGGUCGGGAGCGUCACCGUCACCACUCCCACCAACCUCGCCGCCAGCAGGCCCGAGACCUUUAGAUACCUUGCUGAUACGGUACUCGACGGUGAGCCCGCCUUCUCCCACGACAAAUCUGCCGGCGCCGACAAAGAGCGCCUGUUCCAGAGCCUUGUACCGCAUCGAUCCAGUCUCAAACGACACCUGUAUGACUUUUUCCCACCAAGUACAAACCCCAGAGGGAUGCCAAAGGUCAGCAUCAAAGCAGCACCACACGCAUCAACACAACAUCGAACCGGUCAGUGA